CCCUCCUUUCCUGCACUUUCCUUUAGUUCCCCCCUCCUAUCUGCUGUGGCGUCCGCGCCGAGCGGCCCUUCCAGGACACCGUCACUUGCGCGCCCAGCUCGGAGUCUGGCGGCGACCUGCCUCCGCCACAUGGCCGGCCCGGAGGCUGAGUGGGUAACCGUUGCCAAUAACCUUCUCCUGAAAUGUCACAUACACCUGAGGAUACAUGAACUAGAAGAUUGCGAUGCUAAUGUCUUUAUUGCGCUAUAUCAAUCCAUUUUGGGAGAAAAGGUACCAGACCUCAUCGCUAAUCCCAGGAGUCAAGAGGAUGAAGCUCACAAUGUACAAGCAGUAAUUGAUUCUCUGGCCUUGGAUUACCUGCAGGUCAGCUUGUCUCACAUAACAGGAGAAAAUAUAGUGGGAGGAGAUAAAGAAUCUAUUAAGAAUCUCCUAGAAAUAUUUGAUGGGCUGUUGGAGUACCUUACAGAACACAUCAGUGAAACAUCUCAUGAGAAAAGUGAAACUGGACAGGAUUUUAAAGAAUCCCAUGCAGAACCUUUGGAAGAGUCAGAAAGUACUAAAGAAUCCAAAUCAUCAUGGAAAAGAGUUUCUUUUGGAAGGUGUUCCUUGUCAUCUGAGGCUUUGGGCCCCUCUUGGGAUGAAGAUGAAGCAGAAUCUACCAGUGAAAUAAUUAGACUUGGAGACACAGCACACACCUUUUCUCUAAGAAGUAACGGUACUCAAUGUCCUAAUGAAAUGCAGUCUGAAAAAGCAACUGUACCAUGCUCCCAAUCACACGAAGGAGUGUUGGGCCUUCCUUCGUCCAGUGUUUUAUCCAAGAGUAGGACAUCCUUUGUUGAACACACAGAAAUUCCUGCUGCGGAUAUGAUUCCAAAUGCUAGGAAGCUAGGGGAGCCUAUCCGAUCAGCUAUUCCUUUACAUCCACCCUACCACCCUUCAGAACCUCGAGCACCCUGCCCCAUAGGAAAAGAAUACUUGCGUUCAAGUCACUGUUCCCCUGCCAUGAAUUCUUCUGGAGAGGGCACGGCAUUUUCUGUGGAACCAGAUAAUAGAGUUGUCUUAAUUUCCAAGUUGCCUAAAGAUAGCAAACAGGAAAUGUUUCCAGCUCAAGUCCAAGGCCCUAGGACAAGGAAGCUUCCCAAAGGAAAAAGAUAUGAAAACAGAGCUGCAAUCUCAUCCUGGGAUUCACCUUUCUCCCAGAGGCCAAGAAAUAGAUUAACAGAACAAGAAUUACAUGCAGUAUCAGAGAAACUCUCUCAACGACUCUCUGAACUAGAUUCGAUGUUAAAAAGUGCUCUGGGUGGUCGAAUUAAAGAAAAAACGGACCACAAAGAAGAUACUGGAAAUGAAGAGGUGGAGAGUGGAAAUGAGACACUCUCUCAGCACAGUGACAGCAUCAUGGAGUAUGGGCCAAAGAAGCGAAGGCCAGGUACCUACCUAUCCCAGAUUGGCCAGGAUGAGGACAAGCGAGGACUUGCCGUGCAUAGAAAACCACCCUACAGAUCUCAUUCACUCUCUCCAUCUCCAGUUAACAAAAAUAAACAGUUCCAUGUGGAGAGAAAAAGGCAGCGAAAGCCAAAAGAAACAGAUACCCGCCGAUUCCAAGCAAAGGCAAUAACUGAGGCAUUUGAAAGGGAACUAAGAAGAAAUAAAAUUCAAGAGAACACUGGACCUCCAGGAAUAAAUGACGAGGAGGAAACAGAAAAAAUAUACAGAGAAGCUGGUCAUAAAGGAACUCCAAAACGUAGUCAACCCUGGAAGAUUUACUCCAGAAGCACCACAAUUCCAAGUCCAAGAGGUGGCUUGCCAAAGCCAAAUAAAGUAGUUCCAAUGAAAGUAAAUGAACACAGUCUCCUGCCCCUGAUGCUCGAGCAGUUUCCAUUUCUCUAUGUAUCUGGCCAAACACUAAGCAAAAUGUGGAAACAGCAAAUUGCACAGAUUGAACAGCUCAAAAAAGAUGCGUAUAGGGAAAAUCGAUCAAAGAAGAAACUCCAGGAUGAAAUAGAAGAAGCCUUAAGAAGGCAUGAUCUGCUUACUGCACUUGUCAAGAAAGAAUAUGAACAUAACAAGAGACUGCAAGACUUCAAGGACCGCAUUCAUAGGCAGAAGUUGACCCAGUCAAAAAUAAAAGAAAAUCGGCAGCAGAUUGUUCGUGCCCGAAAAUAUUACGAUGAUUACAGAGUUCAGCUGCGUGCAAAAAUGAUGAGAAUGAGGACUCGAGAAGAAAUGAUAUUUAAGAAACUGUUUGAAGAAGGUCUACAAAUUCAGAAGCAAAGAUUACGAGACCUAAGAAACUAUGCCAAAGAAAAGCGAGAUGAACAAAAGAGACAGCACCAGAAUGAACUGGACUCAAUGGAGAACUACUAUAAAGACCAGUUUUCAUUGCUGGCAGAAGCCAUAUCACAGGAACAUCAAGAACUCAAAGCCAGAGAGAAAUCCCAGGCUCAGACAUUGUAUAAGGUGAAGAGGGAGCUGAGGUCUAAGAUGGAGAAGGAAAUUCAGCAACUGCAGUACAUGAUCACACAGAAUGAUGAUGAUGCUUUCUUCCGGGAACUGGAAGCUGAGCGCUUCAAAUCUAGGCUUCAUCUGGCUUCCUUUCAGUACGGUAAAAAUCCCUUCCCAUGAGGCCAGACUUCUGCAUCAGUGACGUUUCUGGAGGACUUGACCAGGGCAGACUUAGAAUUGAGCCAGUAAACUAUCUAAAGCAGAAGAAUCAUUUCUAAAUGU